AGUCGGUGAAUUCAGUGGGAAGGCUGCGACCCUCCGUUUAGCGCCUUCGAAACGCUCAACAAGACGCCGCCAAUUGUUCACCUACAUGUUAUACACUGAGGACAUUUUCUGCGAGGUGUGCGUCGUCUUGAAAGUCGGUUAGCUUUAAACCACCCGCUUGACUUAGUAAGGAAAUGUGUAUAUAUAUUUGAGAAGGCGCAGCUAGAAGUGGGCAGGUUGGGUCAUUAAGGGACGCGGUGCCGAUUGCGCGCACCUGCCACUUUAAAGCGCUCCAGGGCGCGCGGGCUUCGCUGCCCGAGGCUCUCUGUGGACUCUUUUAUGAACCUUUGUUCAAGGAUUUAGCUGCGAUGGAGACUCUGAUCAAGGUGUUUGUGCUGCUUUGCUGCUUUUCCGGGGCUCUUCUGCCCAUCGUGUCCGGUCUCUUUCCGCACGCUUCGCCGGCAGAAGCCGCCGCCGCCACCGCCGUCCCGGACGAGCCCCUCGUCGAUUCCGUCAUGCCCUACUAUGGCAGCAGACUGUCCCUCAAGCUGAAGGCGCUAUCAGAGCAGUCCGUCGGAAGGGAAGCCCGCCCAAGACUGAGACCCGAGUCCAGAUACGUGCGGUAUAUGAAACGACUGUACAAGAUCUCCCUGAAACAAGGGAGAAGGCCCGACAGGAGCGCCAGCCAUGUGUACAACACCGUGAGGUUGAUCGCUCCCAGGGAUGAGUGUCUGGAGCGAAGUGAAGAGUCUUCUAUGCAAGAUCUUUCCUACAGCCUAGACCGGGUAAGGGCUCAGGAACAGCUGCUGAAGUCCAUCCUGCUCUACUCGCUCGACAAAGACCAGGCCACAUCCUUUGCAUCUCUCUGCAACUUGGAUGUAAAGGAACAAGAACAUGCAGGCCAGAAGCUUUGCUCCACAAUGCACCAUUCUGUCAGCUUCCGUGUCCGAAGUGAAAAAAGAAGUCGCCGGAUAUGGGUAGAGAUUGAUGUUACUACUUUCCUUCACCCUAUCAUCAGGUCUCAAAAGAAAGAAAUCCACCUGCUGAUCAAUCUGACCUGUGCUGAAAAUGGGGAAGAAGUUGGUGGAAGCCAGGAGCGCAGAGUGCCUAUGGAACUCUUCCUCAGGUCACCGUCUCUCCUCUUGUAUCUUAAUGACACCAGUGAGGUGGCAUAUCAAAGGUGGCCAUCUUCAGCAAGAUCAGAAAGCUUAAGGCCAAGCCUGGUUAUGAAUAACUUCCUGAGCCUCUUAAAGUCAAAGCAGAAAGGACCUAUGCAUGGAAGACGGCGACCAUCUAAAAGAGAUGCGGCCGUGACAAGUCCGGUGGCCAACCCAACAGCCCACUCACCAAGGUAUGACUUUCCAACUGACGAUUGUGAACUGUAUGAUUUUAGAGUUAGCUUCAGCCAGCUCAAACUGGAUCACUGGAUAAUAGCCCCCCAAAAAUAUAACCCUCGUUACUGCAAAGGCAUUUGUCCAAGGGCUAUGCAGUCCAUCUAUGGUUCUCCCGUGCACACAAUAGUGCAGAACAUCAUUUAUGAGCAGCUUGACUCCUCAGUGCCUAGGCCUUCAUGUGUGCCAUCUGAGUACAAGCCCUUGAGUGUUUUAAUCAUUGAAAGUGAUGGUUCCAUUGCCUACAAAGAAUACGAGGAAAUGAUUGCGACAAAGUGCACAUGUCGCUAAACCUUACUACUGAAGUUUUACCGGAAUAAAACAACUUUGUUACCAUGAAGUAGUUGGAUUUUUGCAUCUUCUCAUUCUUGGACUGUUGCUUGUACAUGUACUGUACUAAAUUGCUUAAAAUGACCAUAAAGCUUUGGGGAGAGAGAGAAAAAAUAUCACGAGAACUUGGGAGUUUGAUUUCUCUAGACAACUUUGGUUAAAUUAAGGAAAUGUGGAAGUGCUGAUCUGCUUUUCUUUUGUUAUGUCAUUUCUGUCUAUUGUUACAAAGUGUUGGGUGCAUAAAUGGAUUUUUUUCUUCCCCCCCUAUUAAUUAUUAUGAAUAUCUAAUUUUUUUCUUUUGUGUGAAUUUAUUUUGGGUGUUACUUUUGUUUCUACUUACCUGCUCUAACAGAACUGACCAUUUUAAGCAAACCUGUUCUGGGCAACAUAAGGAAAUUGUAGUCCCAAGCUCUUAGCCAAAAAUUUUACUGUGAAUUUUAUACCUGGUGACUACAGAUAGUUGUCUCAUGGACAAUUAUCCCAUUCAUGUCCAAAUAGUUGUCUUUUAAUUUGGACAACUAGAUGUUCCGGCCAUAUUUAUUAUCAGCCAUGAACUUGUGAUAUGCUUACUGUAAUGUAGAUUGAUUAGGCUAAAUGCAUGUAAAAGCAAGGUAUUUAUGCACUGUCUAUAUAAGUAAAUGUAUGGAUUCUUAACACCUGCCUUGACUGCUUCUGAUGUGAUACUAGCAAUAGAAUAUUUUGUAAUGUUCGUAAGAGUAUAAUAAAGC